GGUUAUAUAGAAGAGUUCAAAUCAUGAAGAUCUUGCUACCAAUCUUGCUAACCUUCAUGUUGAUCUUGGGGACUCUGGCAGAGAAGCCAAGCGAUAAAAAUCUUGGUCGAAAGGUUAACGUUGGUGCAAAUGAUAAGGUUGCUAUUAAUGGAAACAAAGAUGUGGAAGCCAUAGCUGAAAGUAAAGCUAGCACGAAUGCGGAGGAUGACGAUAGUGACGACGAGGUGAACCACAGUUAUGGGAAGCUUGGCCAAGGAGCUGGAGGAUCAACCGUUGACACUCAUCACUAUUUCACAUCUGUCCAACGACCCGAUCAUGAGUAAGAGCUAGCUAUCUAGCUCUAUCUACGGUGAAUGGGACGGGAUCAACAAAUAUAAAAAGGGUGUGCUUGAAAUAAGGUUAUACUACUUGUGUUGUGUACCAAGUAGCAACAUAAGUUUAUGCUUGUGUGUGUAGCUAUAUAUUCAAUGUUUUAAAGCUUCAUAAACCUGAAAAUAUCGGUUUUAUGUGGUUUGUUUUCGUGUCGUGUGUGUGUGACUAGCGAUAUAUCCAAUGUUUGAAAGCUUAUAAAGCUGAAAAUAUCGGUUUUAUGUGGUUUGUUUUAGUGUUGUGUGUGAUGGAUACAUGUAAGCCACCAUAUAGCUAGCUAGGCCCAAGUAUGUUGUGUAUAACUACCUUAAAAUAAUAAAGCCAUGGCUAGCAAGGGUUUGUGCUUAUUACA